AUGUUUGAUAGUACAUCUAACCAGAUUUUAAGUUCUUAUUUCCAUUUUGGUGGCAUUGCUGAAGAUACAACACUAUGCGCUUCGGAAAAUGAUCCAAUGAUACCUGACGACAUGGAGGUAGAUUUUACAUAUAACGUCAAAGUCUAUCUGUCAAGCUACAUUAUGAAUGAAACUGGAUAUGUGAAAGAAGACGCAUUUCGAGAAGCACCAAUAGUUAUCGAAUCAUUCUUGAAUUAUUUGGUCAGGAGACAAGUAUGUCCCGAGUAUUUGGAGGAUAUACAACAAGCAAUAAAAGUUGCUCAAUUAGCCAAAGAUGAGCUUUUAAAUUGUAAGUUGUUGACACAGGAUGCACCUGGAAAGUUCAAUAAAGCAUGUUCAUUAUUAUUUGGUGGUGAGCUUUAUGGAAGGUUUGAUAACCCUUACCCCAACGAAGAAAGCAUGGCUUUAUUAUUUGGAAUUCAUCCAGAAGAAGCUGAACAAAUUGUGAAAAAAAUUUUUGGAGAUAAUGCUCUAAAUGGGUUAACAGAGGUGAAGCAAGCCAGAAAAUUAAGGUUAACUGUCGAAAUUAUCAAAGUUAAUGAACUACCAGAGUCGACAACAACGAAUGAUACUACAGAGGAUGAUACAACAUCUGAAAAUGAAGAUGAUUGGUUACGUUCUUAUUUUAUUCGUGAAUUUGAAGUUCGUGAAUUUGAAUCUCCUGAUGCAGAACCAUUCACCAUCACUGUUGGACCAGAUCUUGCACCCUAUCCAAUGGUCGGGAUGUCUAUUCACGCAGACUUUCAUCAAUUGUCGAAUGGUUUUUGGUAUUGGGACAAUACUAUAUAUGUAUAUCCUUCCUAUUACACAAAACCAGAAGAAUCUGAUUCGGAUGAAUGA